CCAUGAACAGCACAAAACCCCCCAACAAAGUAAAUAGACCGAGACUAUGAAGGCAGCGUUUCGAAGCGCCCACUCUUUCUUCCGGUCCCUAAACCCUAACCCUCACCUCACCUCGCUUCUCCUCCCUCUCCGUCUCACACUCCUCACCCCUCCCUCACCUCCGUCCCUGAGACCCCAAACAUUUCCCUCCCUCUCCGCCACUCUCUCCUCCGCGUCGAUGCCUGGCGGCGAACCCCUCACGCCUCCCCCGCUGGAGAAGCAGUUCGAUGACUUCCGAGCUCAGCUCGAAGAGUCCGGGACCUUGCGCGAGCGCAUUCGAGCUGUGGUUAUGGAGAUCGAGUCCACCACAAGGCUCAUGCACUCCGGCCUCCUCCUAGUUCACCAGUCUCGCUCCACUCCCGCAGAGGUUUUGGAGAAGCCGAAGGGACAGAUUGGCGUGCUGAAGGAGCUCUACAAUCGGCUCGCUGAAGUUGUGCGUGGUUCUCCUGGGCAGUACUAUAGAUAUCAUGGUGACUGGAGGACUGAGACGCAAACUGUGGUUUCACUGCUUGCGUUUAUUCACUGGUUGGAGACCGGGACUCUUUUGUUGCACACUGAAGCUGAAGAAAAACUUGGAUUGAACGAUUCAGAAUUUUGUCUGGAUGUUGAAGACUAUCUUGUUGGUAUUUGUUUCAUGUCCAAUGAAUUGCCGAGGUACGUGGUUAACCAAGUGACUGCUGGGGACUAUGACUGUCCAAGAAAGGUGCUUAAGUUUUUGACAGAUCUUCAUGCAGCCUUCCGUAUGCUUAAUCUCCGGAAUGACUUUUUGCGCAAGAAAUUUGAUGGUAUGAAGUAUGACCUGAGAAGGGUUGAAGAAGUUCACUACGAUGUUAAGAUCAGAGGCUUGACAGCCAAUGGUGCUCCUGUAGAAGACCAAGGACCCCAAGGACCGCCAUAGAUUGCAAAAGGUGUAUACUUCCUCUUCGUUUUCCAGGGAGACGGAUGGCCCAAGAGGAGGGUUUCGUGUCAUAUACUGCAGUCGAAUUUGUAAGGCUUAGAAUGGUGCCUUGCUUCUGGUGUCAUGUUUUUUACUUCUGUGUAAUCCGAAAACAAUGAAACAACGUCGAGGAACAAUGAAGGUUUAGAUUUGAGAGUC